AUGAUAGAUCACGUCCUUGGGCGGCCAUCUACAAAGUUCCGGAAGAUCCAGGUUCUUGCUGUACUUGUAUUUUGGUCUACCUAUCUAUUAAGAGGAAACAAGAAUGGUCCUCCUUUUAUCCGCAAGAUCUCGUCGCGCCUCUCGAAAAAGCUGAGCGUCUGGCAAACCACUGUCCUUGUAUUCCUCUGGCUCUACAUUUGCCGCAAUUUUGCGAAAAUUGUCGGCCUUGAGUGCCCUGAGCCUUUAGCCAACCUAUACUCGCGCUCCUUUUUCCGGGCAACAUGGAUCGCGACAGGAUUAGACGCUGGGUUCUGGACGGCAAUGGGGAUAAAGCCAAAGUGGCUACGAGAUAUUGCGUCUCUGGUUUUCUCUGGUUAUUACCUUAUCGCAGCAGAACAGGCAGAUGAGAAAGUUCGCCGGGUACGUGCUACACUCACAGUAGAGCACAUGCGUGUGUCUUGGAAUAAGAGCACCACACCGUAUCUCUGGACACUCGCCAAAUUGGGCCGCCCGCGGCUCACGAGGUACCCUCCGCGUGCCAUCCGGAUCCCGCGACCAGCGUCCUCGAUCUACAAGGAGCCGACAAAUGCAUGGCUUUACUUCGAUGGGUCAUUGACUGCGCUACGUGAUCAAACAUGCAUUGUCCUUGAUAUUCCUGGGGGUGGAUUUGUUUCGAUGAGCCCUCGGCAUUCCGAAGACCGACUUCUGGCCUGGGCGGCGAGAACCAAAGUUCCCGUACUGAGUCUUGACUACAAGAAAGCACCGGAGUACCCGUAUCCGUAUGCUUUAAACGAGUGUUAUGAUGUAUAUCAUUCCAUUAUCUCCACCCGUGGGCGGUGCUUGGGCCUCAACGGACGGACUCGUCCUCGUGUCGUCAUCACUGGUGAUAGUGCUGGUGGUAAUCUCGCCACAGGCGUUACACUUAUGAUCCUUCAAUCCGGCAGUACACAUGCCUCUAGAUGGCAAGGACAAAACAUGCUUCCACCCCCGGACGGGCUGGUUCUACCCUAUCCCGCGCUAAACAUGAAGAUAGAAAGCUGGAUGACGGAAGAGCAGAUGGCGUUGAUCCAAGAGAAAAGCACACGUCGAACCAACGAGAGCGUGCUCCGAAGGAAAGAUAUGGACUAUCACCGGUUGACGCCGUUCACUUCUCCGGGAACGUCGUUCGGAGAUUUCCAGCGUGACUCUUUCUCUGAUGCAGACUUGGAAGUUGGAAAUUUGGUUGACGCGACCUCGGAGAAGUUGGCACAGCAACAGAAGAUGGAAAUUCCUGAAAAUGAAGCGGCUGCUAUCACUGAGCACCAGCCUAAGCAGAUCCAAACACGGCUGGCCGUCUCAUCGAUGAUAUCGUACGUCAAUGAUCGUAUAUUAACCCCUGAGAUGAUGAGGGCAAUGAUCAUCCUAUAUAUCGGACCGCACAACCGCCCCGACUUCAAUACGGACUACCUACUCUCCCCAGCCUUGGCUCCCGAAGACCUCUUAGCACGCUUUCCCAAGACGUACAUUAUCACCGGAGAACGUGACCCUCUAGUCGACGACACGGUCAUCUUCGCCGGGCGACUAAGGCAGGCUAAGCUCCGCCAGUUUCAGGAACGACAAGAACUGGGCCUCGAAAAGUCUUAUCGCAGGUUUAACGCAAAAGACCACGUCGAGGUAUCCCUAUUGCCCGGAAUCUCUCACGGGUUCAUGCAAAUGGCAGGCUUCUUUCCGGAUAGCUGGAAGCACAUCUAUCGCUGCGCAAGUUGGAUUCAAGAUCUAUUUGAUCUCGCGCAGGUUAAAAGAUCAUCCUCUGGUUAUACCAAGGCCCUCGCCAACGGUACACAGAUACCAAAGGGACCUAAGUCCGUUCCUCGCGGAAAUAACUCGCGCAAUCAUAGACGCCAUCUCACCGGAGAGUCAUCCGGCGACGAGGAUAGGCCUCUCGAGAUAGGCAUCAAGAAAUUGACACCACUGACGCCACUGCAUCGCAGCUCCAGCGCCCCCAUCGACAGUACCGAUAUUGAUAGUCAAGCUAUCGCUGCCAAGGAUGGUGACAGCGAGGAUGCUAAAAAGGAACGCAUUCGUAGCGUCUCCCGAGGGCGAACUCUGCGACCAGGAAUCACCAAGAAACAGCGUCCCAUACCCAUGAGGUUAACGAUCCCUCCUCGAGACGGAUAUAUCUCUGGAUCGCCGAGUCCUGUUCCUUUGCGGGAGAGAAACCGAAGUAUCAAUAGCCUUGCCAGCGAGGAAGACCUGAUUGACCGGCGCAUGAAUGGUAUAGCUGGAGGGUUGAUGGGAAUUGGCGAGGGUGCCAGGACGCCUUAG